AUGGGAGUGUCUAUUGUUUCUGAUGGCUGGUCAGAUAAACAAAAAAGGCCUCUUAUAAAUGUAAUGGGAGCAUCUGCAGGUGGAGCCAUGUUUAUUAAAGCAAUUAAUGCAAGUGGCAAUAUAAAAGAUGGAGAAUACCUGGCAGCAACGUUUAUUGAUGCAAUCAAGCAAAUUGGAAGCUCAAAUGUUGUUCAAAUUAUAACAGACAAUGCAAGCAACUAUAAAUCUGCUGGGUUAAGCAUUGAAACAAGGUAUCCUCAUAUCUUUUGGACUCCUUGUGUGGUACAUAGUCUAAAUUUAGCUUUGAAAAGUAUAUAUGAUCCAUCUGAAAAAUCACCACAAUAUGCAUAUUGUAAGUGGAUUGUUGAUUUGGUGAGUGAUGUGGAAAACAUUCGUAAUUUUAUUGUUAAUCAUGAAAUGGCAUUAGCUAUAUAUAAUAAAUAUUUUAAGUUGUGUUUGUUGAGGGUGGCUGAUACAAGAUUUGCAUCUGCUAUUGUAAUGAGUAAACGGUUAAGAGAAUUUAGGCCAACCCUUGAAAAAAUGGUGAUGGAUUCAGAUUGGAGAAUUUAUAGGGAUGGAAGUAAUGAAGGCAACUCACAAGAAGUGAAAACGUGUGUAGUAAAUGAUGUUAGGUGGGAUAAUUUGGAUUAUUUUUUAUCUUUCACCGAGCCUAUUUAUAAUAUGUUACAAGUCGCUGAUACUGAUUCUCCAGUUUUACAUUUAAUAUAUGAUAUGUGGGAUACAAUGAUUGAAAAUGUGAAAAAGAUGGUAUUUGAGCAUGAAGGGAUAGAUUUAAUUUCUGGGCAUUCAGAUUUUUUUGAUGCUAUUCACCAAGUUUUGGAGAGUAGAUGGAAUAAGAGUAACACUCCUUUGCAUUGUAUGGCACACUCGUUGGUUCCUAAGUAUUAUAAUGAAUCUUGGCUUCAAGAUGGUAGUAACGGUGUUUCAAGAAUUGCACCACAUGAAGAUCAAGAAGUUUCUUGA